GACCGGCUCAGGCUAUAAAGUGCUGCCCGGCGCCGGCGGCAGGUUGCGUGCGCUGGGGGCUGGUCGGGGCGGCGUGGCGGCCUCGUAGCGGACCGACACCGCGGAUGAAGAACUUGUGUUCUCUAUUUUCUGCACCAUGGAAUUUUAUUCAGCUCUUCUAAUUCUCCAGAGCCACAGGAACUUUAGAAAAGAGAUUCCCAUACACACCGUAUAGCAGUAACUCGCUGGUUCCAAAAAUCUUAGUUUAGUUUAUUUAAUUUUGUAACAUUAUUUAUUAUUUCAUACCUCGUAUUUUGUUUACGUAUCAAAGUUGCAAAUUCCUGUUGAUUUUAAACCACUAAAAUUAAUAACAUGGAAUCCACAAUUGAAUCAACAACGUCUCUGGAUCUGCUAACCAGUACAAUAGGAAGUAAGGCAUCCGGUCCCAUGGUAGCUUUCCUCUGGAUGCUGAUAUUGGGCUUCAUCAUUGCCUUUGUCUUGGCAUUUUCUGUGGGUGCCAAUGAUGUGGCAAACUCAUUCGGAACCGCAGUGGGGUCAGGUGUGGUGACUCUCCGGCAAGCAUGUAUCCUGGCAUCUAUCUUUGAAACCGUGGGCUCUGUUCUGCUGGGUGCUAAAGUGAGUGAGACCAUCCGGAAGGGGUUGGUUGAUGUGGAGAUGUACAACUCUACACAAGAGCUACUCAUGGCUGGCUCAAUCAGCGCUAUGUUUGGGUCAGCUGUGUGGCAGCUAGCAGCUUCAUUCUUGAGACUUCCCAUUUCUGGUACCCAUUGCAUUGUUGGAGCAACAAUUGGCUUUUCGCUGGUGGCCAAAGGACAGAAAGGCGUCCAGUGGUCAGAGCUGCUUAAAAUUGUGUUGUCCUGGUUCAUCUCUCCCCUGCUUUCUGGCAUCAUGUCUGCUAUCCUGUUCUUCCUCGUCCGUAUGUUCAUUCUUCGUAAGGCAGAUCCAGUUCCCAAUGGGUUGCGAGCUUUGCCAGUCUUCUAUGCCUGUACAAUUGGGAUCAACCUCUUUUCCAUCAUGUACAGUGGUGCACCUUUGCUUGGCUUUGACAAACUUCCUAUUUGGGGUAUCCUUCUAACUUCAGCGGGGAGUGCUGUUGUCUGUGCUCUCGUCGUCUGGUUCUUUGUGUGUCCAAGAAUGAAGAAGAAAAUAGAACGAGAGAUCAAGUCAAGUCCUUCUGAGAGCCCCUUGAUGGAGAAAAAGAACAGCCAGAAGGAAGAUCAAGAUGAGUCUAAGCUGCCACUGGGCAAUGGUGUGGGUGACAAGAGCCCUAUCACUGAUGCAUCUGCCAUGCACCACAGGGCAGCUGUGGAGGAGAGAACAGUCUCCUUCAAUCUGGGAGAUGUGGAGGAAGCUCCAGAGCAGGAGAGGCUCCCUAGUGUUGACCUGAAGGAAACAAACAUUGAUAGUGGAGCUGUGCAGUUACCCAGUGGCAACCUGGAUCAGUUCAGCCAAGCUGUCAGCAAUCAGAUCCGUUACAGUGGCCACUACCACACGGUGCACAAGGAUUCGGGCCUGUACAAAGAGCUGCUGCACAAGCUUCACCUGGCCAAAGUGGGUGACUGCAUGGGGGACUCUGGCGACAAGCCCCUGAGACGCAACAACAGCUACACCUCCUACACCAUGGCCAUUUGUGGCAUGCCGCUGGAUUCAUUCCGUCCCAAAGAGGGCGAGCCCAAGGGGGAGGAGAUGGAGAAGCUGACCUGGCCUGGAGCAGACACCAAGAAGAGGAUCCGUAUGGACAGCUACACGAGCUACUGCAAUGCUGUGGCGGAUACCCACCCGGCAGCUGAGGUGGAUAUGGAUGUAGGCAAGGUGGAGAUGGGCAGUGGUGACAGGAAGUGCAGCACUGGCUCGCUGGAGGAGUGGCAUGAUCAGGAUAGACCAGAAGUGUCCCUGCUCUUCCAGUUCCUGCAGAUUCUCACCGCCUGCUUUGGUUCCUUUGCUCAUGGUGGCAAUGAUGUCAGCAAUGCCAUUGGCCCUCUGGUGGCUCUGUACCUAGUCUAUCAGACAGGUGAUGUGGCUUCCAAAGUGGCAACUCCCAUCUGGCUGCUGCUGUAUGGAGGUGCUGGGAUCUGCAUUGGCCUGUGGGUCUGGGGGAGAAGAGUCAUUCAGACCAUGGGGAAGGAUCUGACACCCAUCACACCAUCUAGUGGCUUCAGCAUUGAACUGGCAUCUGCACUGACUGUGGUGAUUGCAUCAAAUGUUGGUCUUCCCAUCAGUACAACGCACUGCAAAGUGGGCUCCGUGGUGUCAGUGGGCUGGCUCCGUUCCAGGAAGGCUGUGGACUGGCGUCUCUUCCGUAACAUCUUCCUGGCAUGGUUUGUCACUGUCCCGAUUUCUGGCCUCAUCAGUGCAGCUAUCAUGGCACUGUUCAAGUAUGCCAUCCUGGGAGUGUGAGACCGGCUUGGGUGAAAUCCAUCAUAUCUUGCUGCUCUGAGCAACUGGAACAGUGCUAGGGUGACUUGCCUGGGGAGGAGAUGGGAAUAUUGCAUUUAUGCUGUAACUGCUUUCAUGCUGAAUGACUCAUCUCUAAAUUAGCUGCAAAAUAACCAGUGCCCCUGACUGAUCUCAUUAAUUCACAGCCUGAACAGGAAAUGGACCUUACUGUACAUAUUUCUGUAUUUUCUUUUGUAUCAAGCUUACCUUCAAUUAUGUUUGUCACUGAAGUAGCAUCCUUUUUUAAAUUUGUUUUUCCUUGGCACUAAAUCUUAGAACUGGCAGGCACAGUAAAGUCUGGUGUGAUUAGCUUGGAGGGGUGACUGUUCCACUGCCAUGUUUGCUCUAGGGUAGCAGUAAUGGGCACUAUACCCAGAGGCCCCACUUAUUUUUUUUAAAUAAACUUUUAAACUAAACAUACCUAUUUGCUAACUCCUUGUGGAGCAAUACCUAUUACACACCAUUUCCCCACACACACCCUUCUGCAGCUCACAUGGUACCACUGCCCCAAGAGCUGUGAAAGAUGGCAGUGGUUCUUGCUAGAAGCAGGUUGUAGUAUGUCCAGCUUUGCCUCCUGCAGUACCAUGAUGCUCUGGUCUUGUGUGGUUUCAUUUUGUGCAAAUGCACCUGAGCUCUAGGGGGGAGUUUUUUGUUUUGAAUCUAGGAUGUGCUAAAAUCUUAACCCAGUUGAUUUAAAUGUUGAGAUCAUUCACUGCUCCCUCCCCCUACUGGCCAAGAACCUAGCUGUCUCCAGUGACCCUGACACUACAAGACUCUGCUCCCCAUUGCUACCUCUAACUGAAUAAAAGCUUCAUUUUUUUAAAAAAAAAA